CACCCACCGCGGCGGGCGCAGCCCCUCGGCCGCGCUCACCAUGACGCCGCUCCUGCCGCUGCUGAUGGCGGUCUCGGCGGUGGCCGGCGCGACCGGGACGCCGCUGCCCCCUACCACGGGGGACGCUACUCUGGCCAUCGUCUUCGACGUCACCGGCUCCAUGUGGGACGACCUGAUGCAGGUGAUGGACGGCGCCUCGCGCAUUCUCGAGCGCAGCUUGAGUCGCGGCAGCCGGACCAUCGCCAACUACGCGCUGGUGCCCUUCCACGACCCAGAUAUUGGCCCGGUGACCCUCACGGCGGACCCAGCGGUGUUUCAGAGGGAGCUGAGAGAACUCUACGUGCAGGGCGGCGGGGACUGCCCGGAGAUGAGCGUGGGGGCCAUCAAGGCGGCCGUGGAGGUCGCCAACCCCGGCUCCUUCAUCUACGUCUUCUCGGACGCCCGCGCCAAGGACUACCACAAGAAGGAGGAGCUGCUGCGGCUCCUGCAGCUUAAACAGUCGCAGGUGGUGUUUGUGCUGACGGGGGACUGUGGUGACCGCACGCAUCCUGGCUACCUGGCCUAUGAGGAGAUCGCUGCCACCAGCUCUGGGCAGGUGUUCCACCUGGACAAGCAGCAGGUGACCGAGGUGCUGAAGUGGGUGGAGUCAGCCAUCCAGGCCUCCAGGGUGCACCUGCUGUCCACGGACCACGAGGAGGGCGGUGAGCACACGUGGAAGAUCCCCUUUGAUCCCAGCCUGCAGGAGGUCACCAUCUCCCUGAGUGGCCCAGGCCCUGAGAUCGAGAUCCGAGACCCACUGGGGAGGAUCCUGCAGAAAGAUGAGGGCCUCAACGUGCUCCUCAGCAUCCCUGACUCAGCCAAGGUCGUGGCCUUUAAGCCUGAGCAUCCCGGGCUGUGGUCCAUCAAGAUCUAUAGCAGCGGCCGCCACUCGGUCAGGAUCACUGGCGUCAGCAGCAUCGACUUCCGAGCCGGCUUCUCCACUCAGCCCUCCCUGGACCUCAACCACACCAUCGAGUGGCCCCUGCAAGGGGUGCCCAUCUCCCUGGUGAUCAACUCCACGGGCCUGCAGGCGCCCGGCCGCCUGGACUCAGUGGAGCUCUCACACAGCUCCGGGCGGUCCCUUCUGACUUUGCCCACGCAGCCCCUCUCCAAUGGAUCUACCCAUCAGCUGUGGGGUGGGCCGUCCUUCCGCACCCCCCAGGAGCGCUUCUACCUCAAGGUGAAGGGCAAGGACCAUGAGGGGAACCCCCUCCUCCGUGUCUCCGGAGUUUCCUACCAUGGGGUAGCCCCAGGUGCCCCUCUGGUCAGCAUGCCCCCCAGGAUCCACGGCUACCUGCACCAGCCCCUGUUGGUCUCCUGCUCUGUGCACAGUGCCCUCCCCUUCCGGCUGCAGCUUCGGCGGGGCGGAGCCAGGCUGGGCGAGGAGAGGCACUUCCGGCAGUCCGGGAACAGCAGCUGGGAGAUCCCACGGGCCUCCAAGGCCGAGGAAGGCACAUAUGAGUGCGUGGCGGCCAGCAGGGCUGGGACUGGACGAGCAAAAGCCCAGAUUGUCGUCACAGACCCCCCACCGCAGCUGGUUCCUGCCCCUAACGUGACCGUGUCCCCGGGAGAGACAGCCAUCCUGUCCUGCCAGGUCCUGGGCGAGGCUCCCUAUAAUCUGACAUGGGUCCGGGACUGGCGAGUCCUGUCGGCCUCGGCGGGUAGAGUCACCCAGCUGACCAACCUGUCCCUGGAGGUCAGCGACGUCAUCCCCAGUGACAGCGGGCGGUACCAGUGCAUGGCCAGCAACUCCAACGGGGUCACGAGGGCAUCCGUCUGGCUCCUGGUACGAGAGGCCCCACAGGUCAGCAUCCACACCAGGUCCCAGCGCUUCUCCCAGGGCAUGGAGGUGAGGGUCAGCUGCUCGGCCACUGGGUACCCUGAACCCCACAUCUCCUGGAGCCGUGAGGGUCACACCCUGCAAGAAGACAGCAGAGUCCGCAUGGAUGCCCAGGGAACCCUGAUCAUUCAGGGAGUGGCCCCAGAGGAUGCUGGGAAUUACAGCUGCCAGGCUGCUAAUGAGGUUGGCACAGACGAGGAGACGGUCACCCUCUACCACACAGACCCACCAUCCAUCUCGCCCAUCAACGCUGUGGUGCUCGCUGCCGUUGGGGAGGAGGCGGUGCUGGUGUGCAGGGCAUCCGGGGUGCCCCCGCCUCGGGUCAUCUGGUAUCGAGGGGGUUUAGAAAUGAUUCUGGCCCCCGAGGGCUCCAGCUCCGGGAUGCUGCGGAUCCCAGCGGUUUGGGAGAGGGACGCUGGCCUCUACACCUGCCGAGCUGUCAAUGAGCUGGGUGACGCCUCUGCGGACAUCCGGCUGGAGGUUGGACAUGCGCCCCAGCUGACGGAGCUGCCCCGGGAUGUCACCGUGGAACUGGGGAGGAGUGCCCUCCUGGCAUGCCGGGCCACGGGCCGCCCGCCCCCCAUGGUCGCCUGGCGUCGUGGAGACGGCCAGCCGCUGGGGCCCGGGCGGGGCAGCAGGACGGGAGUGCUGUUCUUUGAAAGUGUGGUCCCUGAAGACCAGGCCCCGUAUAUCUGUGAAGCUCAAAAUGUCUUUGGGAAGGUCCAGGCGGAGGUCCGCCUCCUUGUCACUGGACAUGCCCCCCCACAGAUCGCCAGCAGUGCCUCCACCGUCCGGGUGCUGGAGAGGCAGCCGGUGUCCUUGCCCUGCAUCAUCCUGGCUGGGAAGCCCCGCCCUGAGAGGCGCUGGCUCAAGGCUGGCCGGCCUCUCCCAGCAAGCAGCCGGCAUUCCGUGCGAGCAGACGGCAGCCUCCACCUCAAUCAGGCGCUGUUGGAGGACGCGGGGAGGUACAGCUGUGUGGUCACCAACACGGCCGGCUCUCAGCAUAGGGACGUGGAGCUGGUUGUCCAGGUGCCACCCAGGAUCCAGCCCACUGCCACCCACCACAUCACCAACGAAGGGGUUCCAGCCUCUCUCCCCUGUGUAGCCUCAGGAGUUCCCACCCCCGCCAUCACCUGGGCCAAGGAAACCAAGGCCCUGGCCUCCGGGGAUGCCCACUACAACGUGAGCAAGAAUGGCACCCUGGUCAUCGCCCGGCCGUCUGCCCAGGAUGCAGGUGCCUAUGUCUGCACAGCCACCAAUGCCGUGGGCUUUUCCAGCCAGGAGAUGCGGCUUUCUGUCAACACCAAGCCCAGGAUCCUUGUGAAUGGGUCACAUGAUGCAGACAAGCCUCUGAGGGUCACGGCCAAGGCUGGUCAUGAGGUGACCCUGGACUGCGAGGCCCAGGGCUCUCCACCCCCGCUUGUCACCUGGACCAAGGACUCCCGCCCUGUGCCGCCCAUCACCGACAGGCAUCGCCUCCUCCCGUCGGGCUCCCUGUAUCUGGCCCAGGCUCAGGUCACUGAUGGUGGCCUCUACAAAUGCACAGCCAGUAACCCUGCAGGGUCCGUGGCUCGGAACUACAUCCUUGGGGUGCAAGUGCCUCCCCAGGUGCAGCCGGGCCCUCGGAUCCUGAAGGUGCUGGUGGGAGAAGCUUUGGACCUGAACUGUGCGGCCAAGGGCAGCCCGGAGCCCCAGCUGACCUGGUCCAAGGAUGGGGUGGCCCUGCAGGGUGGGGAGCCCGAGGGCUCCGUCCACUUCACCGCCAUCCAAACUGCCGACGCCGGGACGUACCGCUGUGAGGCCUCCAGUAGCGCCGGGGCGGACGCCUGGGAGCUGGAGCUUAGGGUGCUGGAGCCGCCGCACUGGGGGGCCGAUGAGACCAGCGGUCUGUUGGAGAGGGUGGCCGGAGAGAACGCCACCCUGCCGUGCCCUGCCAGAGGGACGCCCAAGCCGCAGGUCACAUGGCGGAAGGGCCCGUCCUUGGAGCCUGUGAGUGGCCGGCCGGGCCUGGUGGUGCUGGAGGAAGGCUCGCUGUUUCUGGACUCGGUUUCUCCCACCGACGGCGGGGACUACGAGUGCCAGGCCACCAAUGAGGCGGGCUCUGCAUCCCGGAGAGCCAAGCUGGUGGUCCAAGUGCCCCCCAGCAUCCGGGAGGACGGGCGCAGGGCCAACGUGUCAGGCAUGGCCGGCCAAUCCCUGCGGCUGGAGUGUGACGCACAUGGCUUUCCAGCCCCUGAGAUCACGUGGCUCAAGGAUGGGCAGCUGAUCCCCGAGGUGGGCAGCCACCGCCUCCUGGAUGGGGCCCGGGCCCUCCACUUUCCCAGGAUCCAGGAGGGCGAUUCCGGCCUCUACUCCUGUCGGGCAGAGAACCAGGCGGGGACCGCCCAAAGGGACUUCGAGCUCCUCGUGCUCAUCCCACCUUCCGUGCUUGGAGCCGGGGCUGCUCAGGAGGUGCUGGGCCUGGCUGGUGCAGGGGUGGAGCUGGAGUGCCAGACCACGGGCAUCCCCGUCCCCCAGGUGGAAUGGACCAAGGACGGGCAACCUGUCCUUCCAGGGGACCCUCACGUCCAGCUCCAGGAGGACGGCCAGGUUCUCAGAAUCACCAGCACUCACCUGGGGGAUGAAGGGCGGUACCAGUGUGUGGCCUUCAGCCCAGCUGGCCAGCAGGCCAAGGACUUUCAGCUCAGAAUCCACUCACCUCCCACCAUCUGGGGAGCCAAUGAGACCAGUGGGGUGGCUGUCGUGGAGGGCCACCCCGUGCGGUUCCUGUGCGAGGCCCGAGGAGUGCCCACGCCUGACAUCACCUGGCUCAAGGACGGGGACCCCCUGCUCCCCAGUGCCGAGGCCGUCUACACCAGGGGCGGCCGGCAGCUGCAGCUGGAGAAGGCCCAGGGCUCAGACGCUGGCAUCUACACCUGCAAGGCCAGCAACCCCGUGGGGGUUGUUGAGAAGGCCACUAGGCUGGAAGUUUAUGUCCCGCCUGCCAUCGAGGGGGCUGGUAGAGGGCCUCGCGUGGUGAAGGCCGUGGCUGGGAAGCCCUUGGCACUGGAGUGUGUGGCCCGAGGCCGCCCACCCCCCACCCUUUCCUGGCACCACAAGGGGCUGCCCGUGACGGAGAGCAAUGGGACGUGGCUGGCGGCGGGCGGCAGCGUGCUGAGCCUGGAGAGCCUGGGGGAGGCGUCCGGAGGCCUGUACAGCUGCGUGGCCAGCAGCCCGGCUGGGGAGGCCAUGCUGCAGUACUCCGUGGAGGUGCAGGUGGCCCCACAGCUCCUGGUAGCUGAAGGCUUGGGCCAGGUGACCACUCUCGUGGGACAGCCCCUGGAACUUCCUUGCCAGGCCUCAGGCUCCCCUGUGCCCACAGUCCAGUGGCUGCAGAAUGGCCGUCCCGCCAAGGAGCUGGCUGGGGUGCAGGUGGCCUCACAGGGGACCACACUGCAUAUUGACCAUGUGGAGCUGGGCCAUGCGGGCCUCUUCGCCUGCCAGGCCACCAAUGAGGCGGGCACUGCUGGGGCCGAGGUGGAGUUAUCUGUGCACGAGCUCCCAUCGGUGGUCAUAGCCGGGGGUGAAAACAUCACAGCCCCUUUCCUGCAGCCUGUGACCCUCCAAUGUGUGGGGACUGGGGUGCCUACCCCCAGCCUCCGCUGGUGGAAGGAUGGGGUGGCCCUAGCAGCCUCGGGGGGGAACCUGCAGAUCGAGAAGGUGGACCUACGGGACGAAGGCAUAUACACGUGUGUCGCCACGAACCUGGCCGGGGAGAGCAGGAGGGACGUGGCGCUCAAGGUGUUAGUGCCCCCCAAUAUUGAGCCGGGCCUGGUCAACAAGGCAGUGCUGGAAAAUGCCUCCAUAACCUUGGAGUGUCUGGCUUCAGGCGUGCCCCCUCCUGAUGUCUCCUGGUUCAAGGGCCACCAGCCUGUCUCUGCCCGGAAGGGAGUGACGGUGUCCGCGGAUGGGCGAGUUCUUCUCAUUGAGCGAGCCCGGUUUUCUGAUGCUGGGAGCUACCGCUGUGUGGCGUCCAACGUGGCCGGCCACACAGAGCUGCAGUAUGGCCUGCGGGUCAAUGUGCCUCCGCGCAUCACGCUGCCGCCCAGCCUGCCAGGCCCCGUGCUGCUCCACAGCCCAGUUCGGCUGAGCUGUAACGCCACUGGAGUCCCCAGCCCCAUGCUGAUGUGGCUGAAGGACGGAAACCCCGUGUCCACUGCUGGCACCUCCGGCCUCCAGGUCUUCCCUGGGGGCCGGGUGCUCACGCUGGCCAGUGCCCGGGCCUCUGACUCUGGCAGCUACACCUGCGUGGCCGUGAGCGCCGUGGGCGAGGACCGCCAGGACGUCGUCUUGCGUGUCCACAUGCCUCCAAGCAUCCUCGGAGAAGAGCUGAAUGUGUCUGUCGUGGCCAAUGAGUCAGUGGCCCUGGAGUGCCGGAGCCACACUGUGCCCCCUCCCGUGCUGAGCUGGCGGAAGGAUGGCCGCCCCCUGGAGCCCCGGCCCGGCAUCCGCCUCUCUGCAGACAAGGCCUUGCUGGAGGUGGACAGAGCUGAGGUGUGGGAUGCGGGCCGCUAUUCCUGUGAGGCGCUGAACCAGGCGGGCCGCUCGGAGAAGCACUACAACCUAAAUGUCUGGGUCCCUCCGGAGUUCCCCUCCCAGGAGCCCCACACCCUGACCGUGAUGGAGGGGCACCCCGCCAGGCUGUCCUGUGAAUGUCGAGGCGUCCCCUUCCCCAAGAUCUCCUGGAGGAAGGACGGUCAACCCCUGCCCGGGGCGGAGUCCGGGCUUGGGCAUGUGUCGGCUGUGGGGCGGCUGCUCUACCUGGGAGAGGCCCAGUCAGCCCAGGAGGGAACGUACACCUGCGAGUGCAGCAACGUGGCGGGAAAUAGCAGCCAGGACCAGCAGCUGGAGGUGCAUGUUCCUCCCCAGAUCGUGGGCCCCCGGGAACCCCACAUACAGGUGUCCGUGGUCCAGGACGAGGAGGCCACUCUGGAAUGCAACGCCACAGGGAAGCCCCUGCCCAGGGUGACCUGGGAGCGGGACGGCCAGCCGGUGGGGGCCGAGCCCGGCCUGCGGCUGCAGGACCAAGGUUGGAGCCUGCACGUGGAGCGGGCUCAGGCCACCCACGCCGGGCGCUACAGCUGCGUGGCCGAGAACGUAGCCGGGAGGGCCGAGAGGAGGUUCGAGCUCUCCGUGCUGGUGCCCCCGGAGCUCAUUGGAGACUUGGACCCACUGAUCAAUGUCACGGCUGCCUUGCACAGCCCUCUGACGCUGCUCUGUGAAGCUACAGGCAUCCCACCCCCAGAAGUCCGUUGGUUCCGAGGCGAGGAGCCCAUCAGCCCUGGGGACAACACCUACCUCUUGGCAGGUGGCUGGAUGCUGAGGAUGACCCGGGCACAGGAGCGAGACAGAGGCCUCUACUCGUGUCUGGCAAGCAACGAGGCUGGGGAGGUUCGGAGGAAUUACAGCGUGGAGGUCCUGGUUCCUCCCAGCAUCGAGAACGAGGACGUGGAGGAGGCAAUCAGGGUGCCGGAGGGGCAGACGGCCCACCUGACGUGCAAUGCCACAGGCCACCCACAGCCCAAUGUCACAUGGUUCAAGGACGGCCGGCCCCUGGCUGGUGGAGACACCUACCGCAUUUCUCCCGAGGGGGGCCUCCUGCAGGUCCUCCAGGCCAACCUGUCCAACGCAGGCCACUACUCCUGCAUUGCAGCCAAUGCCAUAGGGGAGAAGACCAAACACUUCCAGCUCAGCGUGCUGGUGGUUCCCACCAUCCUGGGGGCGGCCGAGGACAGUGCGGAUGAGGAGGUGACAGUGACCGUCAACAACCCCAUCUCUCUGAUCUGCGAGGCCCUGGCCUUUCCCUCCCCCACCAUCACCUGGAUGAAGGAUGGGGCUCCCUUUGAGGCCUCGAACAACAUCCAGCUGCUCCCAGCAGGCACCCAUGGGCUGCAGAUCCUGAAUACCCAGAAAGAAGAUGCAGGCCAGUACACCUGCCUGGUCACCAAUGAGCUGGGAGAGGCUAUGAAGAACUACCACGUGGAAGUCCUCAUCCCUCCCUCCAUCUCUAAAGACGACCCCUCGGGGGAGGUCGGCGUGAAGGAAGUGAAGACCAAGGUCAACAGUACCUUGACCCUGGACUGUGAGAGCUGGGCCGUGCCCCCGCCCACCAUCAGCUGGUACAAGGAUGGACGGCCUGUGACUCCCAACCAGCGCGUGCACAUCCUCGGGGAAGGGCGGCUGCUCCAGAUCCAGCCCACGCAGCUCUCCGAUUCCGGGCGGUACCUGUGCGUGGCCACCAAUGUGGCUGGCGAGGAUGACCAGGACUUCAACGUGCUCAUCCAGGUGCCCCCCAUGUUCCAGAAGGUGGGAGAUGCCAGUGCCCCCUUUGAGACCCUGUCCCAGAUGGAAGAGGCCCGGGGUGGGGUGACAGAAUACCGGGAGAUCGUGGAGAACAACCCCGCCUACCUGUACUGCGACACCAACGCGGUCCCGCCCCCGGAGCUCACCUGGUACCGGGAGGACCAGCCCCUCUCAGCCGCGGACGGGGCGUCUAUUCUGCAAGGAGGCCGGGUCCUACAGAUCCCCCUGGUGCGUGCGGAGGACGCCGGCCGGUACUCAUGCAAGGCCUCCAACGAGGUGGGCGAGGACUGGCUGCACUACGAGCUGCUGGUACUGACCCCGCCCGUGAUCCUGGGGGACACGGAGGAGCUGGUGGAGGAGGUGACUGUCAACGCCAGCAGCACUGUCAGCCUCCAGUGCCCGGCCCUGGGCAACCCUGUGCCCAGCAUCUCAUGGCUCCAGAAUGGGCUGCCCUUCUCCCCAAGCCCACGGCUGCAGGUCCUGGAGGACGGGCAAGUCUUGCAGGUUUCCACGGCGGAGGUGGCUGACGCUGCCAGCUACAUGUGUGUCGCCGAGAACCCGGCGGGCUCCGCGGAGAAGCUGUUCACCCUCAGGGUACAAGCCCCACCACGCAUCGCAGGUCUGAACUCGGAGCAGGUCACCGCCGUCCUUGGCAACAGUGUCUCCUUCCCUUGUGAAGUCCAUGCUCACCCGAGCCCCGAGGUCACGUGGUACAAGGACGGCCGGGCCCUCCCCCUGGGAGAAAAGGUCUUCCUCCUGCCUGGCACCCACACCCUGCAGCUGGCUCGGGCACAGCCCUCAGACUCUGGGAUGUACACGUGUGAAGCCCUCAAUGCUGCCGGCCGGGACCAGAAGCAGGUGCAGCUUAGUGUGCUGGUUCCCCCCAAAUUCAAGCAGGCUCCCAGCGGUCCCCAGGAUGCAGUCGUGGUGAGGGCGGGGGACACAGCCGUCCUGAACUGUGAGACAGACUCAUUCCCAGAGGCGGCUGUGACCUGGCACAAGGAUGGGCAGCCCCUGGUCCUGGCACAGCGGACCCAAGCUCUGCUGGGGGGGCCGAGGCUGGAGAUUCGAGAUGCCCAGGUGUUGGAUAAAGGUUUAUACAGCUGCAGAGUCAGCAAUGCCGCCGGGGAGGCUGUGCGGGCCUUCAUCCUGACCGUCCAGGUGCCCCCAACAUUUGAGAACCCCAAGACGGAGAUCGUGAGCCAGACGGCUGGGAGCCCCCUUGUCCUGAGCUGUGAUGUGACUGGGGUCCCUGCACCUACCGUGACUUGGCUGAAGGACAGAAUGCCCGUAGAGAGCAGUGUGGCACACGGCGUGGUCUCCCGGGGUGGCCGCCUCCAGCUGAGUCACCUGCAGCCAGCCCAAGCUGGCACCUACACGUGUGUAGCUGAGAACGCCCAGGCCGAGGCCCGCAAGGACUUCGUGGUGGCCGUGCUGGUGGCCCCCCGGAUCCGGAGCUCGGGCACCACGCAUGAGCACAGCGUCCUGGAGGGCCAGGAGGUACGGCUGGACUGCGAGGCUGAUGGGCAGCCACCACCUGAUGUGGCCUGGCUGAAGGACGGUGGCCCCCUGGGCCAGGGCACGGGCCCCCACCUCCGGUUCUACCGAGACGGCAGCUCCCUGGUGCUGAAGGGCCUGAAGGCCUCGGACUCUGGCGCCUACACCUGCGUGGCCCACAACGCAGCCGGGGAGGAUGCCAGGCUGCACACCGUGAACGUGCUGGUGCCUCCCACCAUCGACCAGGGGGCAGAGGGCACAGGGACCCUGGUGAGCAGGCCUGGGGAACUGGUGACCUUGGGGUGCCCGGUCCGGGGCUCCCCGCCCAUCCAUGUGAGCUGGCUCAAGGACGGCCUGCCCCUUCCGCUCUCCCAGCGCACCCACCUCCACGGCUCUGGCCGCACCCUCAGGAUUUCCCAGGUGCAAUUGGCAGAUUCUGGCAUCUUCACCUGUGUGGCUGCGAGCCCAGCGGGCGUGGCCAACAGGAACUUCACCUUGCAGGUGCACGUGCCCCCCGUCCUGGAGCCCGUAGAGUUCCAGAAUGAUGUGGCGGUGGUCCGGGGCUCGCCGGUGGUCCUCCCCUGCGAAGCCCGGGGCAGCCCCCUGCCCCUGGUGUCAUGGAUGAAGAAUGGGGAACCCUUGUUGCCCCAGAGCCUGGAACAGGGGCCCGGCCUGCAGCUGGAGACGGUGGGAGCUGGUGACUCAGGGACCUACUCCUGCGUGGCUGUGAGCGAGGCGGGGGAAGCGAGGAGGCAUUUCCAGCUGACAGUGAUGGAUCCCCCCCACAUCGAGGACUCAGGCCAGCCAGCAGAGCUGUCGCUGAUCCCUGGUGCCCCCUUGGAGCUCCUCUGUGAUGCCCGGGGCACCCCUACACCCAAUAUCACCUGGCACAAGGAUGGGCAGGCUCUGAGCAGGCCAGCGGACAGCAGCGGGGCUGGGCGUGUGCUCCGGGUGGAGGGUGUACAGGUGGGCGAUGCUGGGCUGUACACUUGCCUGGCCCAGAACCCUGCCGGAGAAAUUGAGAAGAGCUUCCGGGUCAGGGUUCAAGCCCCCCCAAAUGUCAUCGGGCCCCAAGGUCCCCGCUUUGUGGUUGGCCUGGCCCCAGGACAGCUGGUUCUGGAGUGCUCAGUGAAGGCAGACCCAGCACCAGAAAUCGAGUGGCACCGGGAUGGCAUCCUGCUGCAGGCAGAUGCUCACACCCAGUUCCCAGAGCAGGGCAGGUUCCUCCAGCUGCAGGCCCUGAGCACGGCUGACAGCGGUGACUACAGCUGCACAGCCCGUAAUGCUGCAGGCAGCACCAGCGUGGCCUUCCGCGUGGAGAUCCGCACCGUGCCCUCCAUCAGGCCAGGACCACCUGCAGUGAAUGCCUCUGCGAACCAGACGGCCUUGCUGACCUGCCAGGCAGAUGGCACUCCCCCGCCCCUUGUGAGCUGGCGAAAGGACGGGGUCCCCCUGGAUCCUGGGAGCCCCAGGUUUCAGCUUCUGCCUGGGGGUUCCCUGAGAAUCCAGCCAGUCCUCGCCCAGGACGCUGGCCACUACCUCUGCCUGGCAUCCAACUCCGCAGGUUCUGAUCGGCAGGGCCUUGACCUCCAGGUCUUUGAACCUCCGGCCAUCGCCCCCGGCCCCUCCAACCUGACCCUGACCGCUCACAGCCCCGCCUCACUGCCCUGUGAGGCCAGUGGCUCCCCCAAGCCCCUCGUGGUCUGGUGGAAGGAUGGACAGAAGCUGGACUUCCGGCUGCAGCAGGGCGCCUACCGGCUCCUGCCCUCCAAUGCCUUGCUCCUCGCAGCCCCCAGCCCCGGGGAUUCAGCCCAGUUUGAGUGUGUGGUGAGCAAUGAGGUGGGCGAAGCCCGCAGGCUCUACUGGGUGACGGUUCACGUGCCUCCCACCAUUGCUGACGACCAGACAGACUUCACCGUGACCAUGAUGGCACCUGCGGUCCUCACGUGCCACAGCACAGGCGUGCCAGCCCCGGUAGUGUCGUGGAGCAAGGCGGGCACCCGGCUGGGGGCACGGGGGAAUGGCUACCGUGUCUCACCUUCAGGCGCCCUGGAGAUCGGGCAGGCCCUCCCCAUCCACGCCGGCCGCUACACCUGCACAGCCCGCAACGCCGUGGGUGUGGCUCACAAGCACGUGGUCCUCACCGUGCGAGCCUCCCCCGUGGUGAAGCCGCUACCCCGGGUGGUCUGGGCAGUGGCAGAGAAGGAGGUGCUGCUGCCUUGCGAGGCCUCGGGCAUCCCCCGGCCGAGCAUUACCUGGCAGAGAGAAGGGCUCAGCGUGCCGACCGGGGCAGGUACCCAGGUUCUACCUGGUGGACAGCUGCGGAUUAUCCACGUCAGCCCAGAGGAUGCUGGGAACUAUUUUUGCAUCGCCCAGAACAGCGCAGGCAGUGCCAUGGGGAAGACUCGGCUGGUGGUGCACGGUGGGCUCUGGGAGGGGGACAGAAGUUGCCCCAUCCCGCCAGUGAUCGAGCCCGGCCUCCCCGACCUGUCUGCCACCGAAGGCUCCCAUGCCCUCUUGCCCUGCGCAGCCAGUGGCAGUCCCGAGCCCAGCAUCACCUGGGAAAAGGAUGGCCAGCCUCUGUCUGGAGCCGAGGGGAAGUUCACCAUCCAGCCUUCCGGGGAGCUGCUGGUGAAGAACUCGGAGAGCCAGGAUGCUGGGACCUACACCUGCACUGCCGAGAACACUGUGGGCCGCGCCCGCCGCCGCGUGCACCUCACCGUCCUGGCACUGCCUGUCUUUACCACCCUGCCUGGGGACCGCAGCCUGCGCUUCGGGGACAAGCUGUGGCUUCGCUGUGCGGCCCGGGGCAGCCCUACACCCCGAAUUGGCUGGAUUGUCAAUGACCGGCCAGUCACAGACGGGGUGUCCGAGCAGGAUGGGGGCAGCACGCUGCAGCGAGUGGCCGUCACCAGAGAGCAUGGCGGGACCUACAUCUGCUGGGCCGAGAACAGAGUGGGCCGCGUGCAGGCGGUCAGCUUCGUCCAUGUGAAGGAGGCUCCUGUCCUACAAGGGGAAGCCUUUUCGUACCUGGUGGCACCUGUGGGGGGCAGCGUCCGGCUGGACUGUGUGGUCCAGGGAGACCCGGCACCUGACAUCCACUGGAUCAAAGACGGCCUGCCGCUGCGGGGCGGCCGUCUCCGGCACCAGCUGCAGAACGGCUCCCUGACCAUCCGCAGGACCGAGAUGGACGACGCGGGACAGUACCAGUGCCUGGCGGAGAAUGAGAUGGGCGCCGUGGAGAAAGUGGUGGUCCUUGUGCUGCAGAGUGCCCCGGGGUUCCAGGUGAAGCCCCAGGAUGUGACAGUGAGAUCCGGGGAUGCUGUGGCCCUGCGGUGCCAGGCCACCGGAGAGCCGGCACCCACGGUGGAGUGGCUGCAUGGGGGCCAGCCCUUGAGGACCAGCCGGCGGCUCCGGACCCUGCCGGAUGGGAGCCUGUGGCUGGAGCGAGUGGAGGCUGGGGAUGCGGGCACAUAUGAGUGUGUCGCUCACAACCUCCUGGGCUCUGCCACAGCCCGGGCGUUCCUGGCCGUGAGAGGGGAGCCCCGGGGGAGCCGGGGCAGCAUGAUCGGGCUGAUCAAUGGCCACAGGUUUGGCGUGGCCACCCUGAACACCAGUGUGCAACAAGAGGCUCAUUCUGGGGUCACCACCAUCCACAGCAGCAUCAGCCACAUCCCCGCGAGCGUGGGGCCUCUGCUGCGGGCGCUAGUGGUCACCAUUGCCCCCGUCUACUGGGCUCUGGCCAGAGAGAGUGGAGAUGCCCUGAACGGCCACUCCCUGACAGGUGGCAGCUUCCAGCAGCAGUCACAGGUGGAGUUUGCCACAGGGGAGCUGCUUACCAUGACCCAGGUGGCCCGGGGCCUGGAUCCCAACGGCCUCCUGCUCCUCGACGUGGCGGUCAACGGCGUCAUCCCUGAGAGCCUAGCGGACGCGGAUCUGCAAGUGCAGGACUUCCAGGAGCAAUACGUGCAGGUGGGGCCCGGCCGGCUCUUUGUGGGCUCCACGCAGAGCUUCCUGCAAGACAGCCUCCCGACGCUCCUGCGCUGCAACCACAGCAUCCAGUACGAUGCGGCCCAGGGCCCCCAGCCCCAGCUGGUGCAGCACCUGCGGGCCUCCGCUAUCCGCUCGGCCUUUGACCCUGAGGCCGAGGCCCUGCACUUCCAGCUCUCCACGGCUUUGCAAGCUGAAGAGAAUGAAGUUGGCUGCCCAGAGGGCUUUGAGCUGGACACCCAGGGAGAGUUUUGUGUGGACAGGGACGAGUGCUUGGGUAGCCCCAGCCCCUGCUCCCACGCCUGUCACAACGCGCCUGGCCGCUUCUCCUGCUCCUGCCCGGCUGGCUUUGCCCUGGCCAAGGAUGGCAGGAACUGCAGAGAUGUGAACGAGUGCGCGCGGGAUGGGGACCUCUGCCGAGAGGGACAGCGCUGCGUGAACCUGCUGGGAUCCUACCGCUGCCUCCCGGAUUGCGGGCCUGGCUUCCAGGUGGCUGCCGAUGGAGCCAGUUGUGAAGACGUGGACGAGUGUCUGGAGCAGAUGGACGAGUGUCACCCUAACCAGAUCUGUGAGAACACCCCAGGCGGGCACCGCUGCAGCUGCCCCAGGGGGUACCGGAUCCAGGGCCCCGGCCUGCCCUGCCUAGAUAUAAACGAGUGCCUGCAGCUGCCCAGGACCUGCGCCUACCAGUGCCAUAACCUCCAGGGCAGCUACCGCUGCCUGUGCCCGCCAGGCCAGACCCUCCUCCGAGAUGGCAAGACUUGCACCCCGCUGGAGCACAAUGUACAAAACGUGACCACUGUCAGCCACCGAGGCCCCCUGGUGUCCUGGCUGCGUCCCCGUGCCCCCAUCCCUGGUGGCUCCUAUCACGCCUGGGUCUCCCUCCGACCGGGCCCCAGAGCCCUGAGUGUGGUUCGGGCCUGGUGCCCGCCUGGCUUCAUCCGGCAGAACGGCGUCUGCACAGACCUGGACGAGUGUCAGGUGAGGAACCUGUGCCAGCACGCCUGCCGGAACACCGAGGGCAGCUACCAGUGCCUCUGCCCCAAGGGCUACCGCCUCCUCCCCAGCGGGAAGAACUGCCAGGACAUCAACGAGUGUGAGGAGGAUGGCAUCGAGUGUGGGCCCAGCCAGAUGUGUUUCAACACCCGUGGCAGCUACCAGUGUGUGGACACGCCAUGUCCUGCCACCUACCGGCAGGGCUCCAGCCCCGGGACAUGCUUCCGGCGCUGCUCGCAGGACUGCAGCACCGGUGGCCCCUCCACGCUGCAGUACAAGCUGCUGCCGCUGCCCCUGGGCGUGCGCCCCCUCCACGACGUGGCCCGCCUCGCCGCCUUCUCCGAGGCCGGCGUCCCCCUCAACCGCACGGAGCUUACGGUGCUUGAGCCCGACCCGCGCAGCCCCUUCGCGCUGCGCCAGCUGCGCGCGGGCCACGGCACAGUCUACACCCGCCGCGCGCUCACGCGCGCCGGCCUCUACCGGCUCACCGUGCGCGCCGAGGCGCCGCGCCACCAAAGCGUCUUCGUCCUGCUCAUCGCCGUGUCCCCCUACCCCUACUGAGGGCCAGCGACCUCUGACCUCCGGGAUGGAGGGCGGGGAGGAGCCGGCCCCGCCCCCUCCGCUAGGUGGCCUUUAUCCGCGCCACCUGCCGUGGCAAGAAACGUCAUCUUCUCCCGUCCCAUGCGUCAGUAAGACCUUCAGCAAACAGGACCCUGGGCACAGCCUUGACCCCAGGACAGCAAGAAUCGGAGCUCCCCCACUCGCCCCCUGCCCAGCUCAUGGUGGGGGCACGGAGACCAGCAGGCAGGUGACAAAGGCUGCCCUGAGGAGGCAAAGACCACAGGCAGGGCUGGGGUGAAGCCUGGCGGGUUCUCCAGGCUUGCCCCACGCCCCAAGGGAGUCUGGGCCAGGACACCCAAGGGUAGGGCAGAUGGCAGCAGCUGUCACCCGCCAUACCUAACACUGAAUCCUGAACCCGGUGUGUGUAUGUAUACCAUAAAAACAUUUGUUUUGACACAA